CACUUUUUGGCCAUUUUGAUUUUGGCCAAAUUCGGCCAAAAUGACGGUGGCAUUUUUGUAAAUAAACCAAUUUUUUUGAGCUAUCGCGAAAAAGUGAAACGAAAGCAAGAAAAAGUGCAAGCGAAACAUGAAAAAGUGUAAACUUUUCACUUUGCACGUUAAGACCUCUUUUUAUUUGAACCAUCCCCUAUAUAUGUGUGUGUGUGUGUGUGUGUGUGUCAUGUAACACAUGGUACUUAGGAAUGAAUGAAAAACUUUUUUGAUUAGUUAUUUUUUUGUUAAUUUUCCGGUCUUGGUCUAAAUUGAAAAAGAUUAGGACCAAGGCUUGUCCCAUAUCAUUAAUUCAUAAUUCGAAACGUUAUUACUAAUUGGAUUGAGAUCGGGAUAACUUUAAUCUAAGACUGUGCCCGCCCCAACUCCUUUCACGGCAUAAACUACGACCGUGCAUUAACUCCUUGUAUGUCAAUAUAUUGUACCAUUAACUUACGAAUACUUUAGCACGCAUUUCUCCCCUUUUAAAUAUUUCAACAUGUACAUAACUCAAACAAAUUAAGAAUUAUUAUUGGGAUCCAUUCUUAAUUCGAGAAGUUUUGGAAAAUUCUAAAGCUUUCUAGAGGAAUGUGGAAUUUUCUAGAAUGUUUUGGAGAACUCAAGAGAAGUGUAGAAGCUUUUGGAAGAAUGUGGAACCCUUUCGAAUAUUUUAUAAAUGUGCAGAACCUUCCAGAAUCUUAUAGAAGAAGAGUAUGGAAAAAUAUGGAUAUGAGUAGAGACUCCUAGAGUGUACGUGUGGAGCAUUCUGGAGAAUCUAUCUCCAAUGUUGGAUACAAACAAUCAUCAACAUUCAUGUAAGGCUGAUAGAUCUUCCAACUCAGGUCUCCGGCCACACGAACUCAAAGGUUCUGAAACAUCUCACAACCACCACAAAAGAACCUACCGGACUGGGAACCACCACCAAGGUACCAAAACCCAAACCCCAAACCCAGCUACCCUCUCAAACCUCACCCUAGAAUUCUCAGAGCGCGCGCACACACACACACACGAAGGAGGUGAAGAGAGGAGCGGAAGAAGGAGAAAGGCUAGAGAGAAGCCAGACCCUCUCUCUCUAAAUAGAAGGCUCUAGAACUAGGGUUACACAUAUGCGGCUCACUCUUCCCGGCAGAGAGACAGGUCAAAGAUUAAAUAGGCGGGUCAUGGAAAGCCCAACAAUGUAAGUAGGUCACAAAGAGUAAAGGGGCCGAACACAAGGGAUGGAUCAAGCAAGUAGGUAAAUGGGCUGGGUGGUAACCAAAUGAUAAAGGUCCAAGUCCCGGGUAAAUUGGAGAAGAAGGCCAAGGCCCAUAAAGCCAAUACCUCUCACAUUCUCCACCCUAUUGGUCCUAUGUGGUGUAGAGCAAAAAUGCGGCAUGGAAAAGACUCAUCAUCGCUGGUUGCCCAAGGCAUCCAAGGAUAUCUUAGGCCAACAAUUGGAGGUAUCCAAAAGACACUCCCUGGGUUACACAGGACCCAGAAACACAAAUUGAAAAGUAUGAUGCACACUUUCCUGAUCCAGAAGGAUCAAAGGGACAAACCGGAAGCCCAGAGAACACCAUGUUCUCAGAGCAAAGUCCAGAAGUGCAAACAACACUCCAUGGACCUAACCACCUGCAAAAACAAACAAUAUCUAACCACAAUCCAGAUUUAAUGUUCAUUUACAAGAAAGUAACUUCUCAACAGAGAGACACUUUGUCCCCAUAUCAGCAAGGUUGAACUCUGAUGGUAUCUUCUCCAGCAUGAUAUUAAUAAUGUAAUAAUUAGGGAUUACUUUGUAAUAUUCCAUAACUCUGUAUUAUUAUAAAUACAAGGCUAAGGCACCCAAUAGGGCAACCAUUAUUCUCCCAAUUAUAAUUUCGUAUAUGGUAUCAGUCGCCUAGGUUAUUUGUUUCCGUCUCUCACACAUGGCCGACGCCACCAGCAACGUCGCCUCCCAACCGGCGCCCUCCACACAGGUGCGGCCACAAUUCUCUUGCCUUCCAUUCUCUCAGGCGCCCAUUGUCCGGGUGCAGCCCUCGACCAGUGUCGUUCCACAGAUGUCUGGCACGACCUUCUCCCUUCACUCCGGUUCGAGUAGUGCGACUCCAUCCCCAGGACAGUCGCGUAUGACGGACGAAUCACAGCCGACAUGGUCUCCCCUUGCUUUAUCUCUCCGUCAACGGCUUGGUGACUCACAUCACGUUGAUCAAUAUCGCUUGUUUGGCAUGCCGGCCCCGUUCACAUGGACACCGACGGCAACCCUACCUCCGCCGCCAAUCCUGACCUCAGUCCCUGACAUCGGUCCCUCCUCGCUGCCAUACGCUGGUCCGACCUUCAUCACACAGACAGCUCCUCCAUCUCUGCCGCAUGUGUCCAUCUCGGUUGACUCGGGUAAUGUUCCCCCUACAACUUUUUUAUCUACUUUAGCAUCACAAUUGGCGUUCUCUACGCCAAAUGUGACCAAUAAUGUUACCACCCGAUUGUCCGCUGUUGAGGAUUGCUUACCAUGGUGAACCCAAUUUGAGUCUUUCCUCGUAUCCCAAAGCCUUCUUGGGAUAGUGGACGGAUCAAUUUGGGUCUCAACCACCAUGGAUCCAGAUUAUCAUCAUUGGUUGAAGAUAGACCAAACGGUUAGGUCUUGGAUUUUUGCUACUCUUGCUAGAGAUAUUUUGAUGGAGGUAUAUGAUCUAAAAUUUUCUCAUCUCAUUUGGGCACGUCUUGACACCCGUUUUAUGUCUGCCUGUUUUGCUCGGUCUGUUGAACUUAAACGUUCGUUGUCCCAUAUUAAAAAGAAAGAGUCACAAAACAUGGAUCAAUAUUUGCUGGAAAUUAAACUGAUGGUUGAUGCACUUGCUAUGAUUAAUUCUCCUGUUAGUAAUCGUGAGUUGAAGGAAUAUACUAUAUUGGGUUUGGGCCAUGAAUAUGAAUCCCUUAUCAACACCAUUUCAUAUUUUCGUGGGAAUGCUACACUUGAGUCUCUUCGGCCCAUUCUUCAAGCGCAGGAGCAAAGGAAUGCUACCGUUUCGUCCCAAGAUGCUUCCACGGUGCACCAGGCUUUGGCAACGGCUCCGGCACCACAGGGCCGAGGGUCUGCUCCUCGUGGAUAUGGUGCAGGGGCACCUCGAGGACACGGUGGUUGAGGCAACCAAGGGUGACGACCUCGGGGUGGUCGUGGACGCGGCGGCCGAUGCUAUCAUCCGCAGUAUCAGCAAUUCUUUGGGGGUUAUCUGUUAUAUGGGGCACCCUACGGGCAGCCGGCUCCCCCACGUGGACCUCCAUAUUCUAGCAGCACAGGUUUUCCUUCUGCUGAGAAAUCCUAUCCAUCUUCUGCUCCACCUGUUGUCUGUCAGCUGUGUUUCUCUCCAGGUCAUUCCGCACUUAACUGCUCCCGCUUUACUACUCAAAAUACUUCUGCUCUUGCGUCUCUUCCCUCUGGUGAGACGCGUGAUUCGGUCUGGUAUCCUGAUUCUGGGGCUUCCACACACAUGACUCCUCAUGAAGGUAUUUUAUCUUCUAAAUUUCCUUAUACUGGCCCGAAUCAAGUAUGUGUUGCUAAUGGUACAAAUAUACCUAUUUCUAAUAUUGGUCACGUUAAAUUAAUCACAUCUAACCGCCCUCUACAUCUAAAAACCUGUUUAUCAUGUCCCACACAUUAAAUACAAUUUACUUUCUAUACAAAGUAAUCCCUAAUUAUUACAUUAUUAGAGAAAUUAUAUUUUCCUAUAUGGUAUCAGUCGCCUAGGUUAUUUUUUAACGUCUCUCACCCAUGGCCCAAAAUAAAAAUGCCAAUAUCUGCCAGAAGUGAUCUGAUGAAGAGUGCAUCCUGAACAAUAUAAGCAAUGGCCAUGUAUUCGGCCUCAGUAGAGGAUUUGGACACUGUGGGCUGUUUCUUGGAGCGCCAUGAAAUCAAAUUGGAGCCCAGAAACACCGCAUAGCACGUAGUAGAUCGUGAGCUUUCUUG